AUUCCCAAUAUUCACAAAAAAAAGAUGGUGAGAAAAAAAGGGUUGGUAGAAGACCUGCAAAAGAUGAUGAUGUUAUAAAGGAUUCAAAUCCCAGAAAAUACCAAAAUCGUACUGCACAAAGAAAACAUCAAGAAGAAAGAACAAACUAUAUAAAAGAUUUGGAAAGGAAAUAUAAACUCAGUCAAGAAAAU